UAUAAGUUGCAGAGAGGUAUCUGUGAGCAUUUGGUUUCCUGGAUUUGUCCAACCUGCAGAGAACCUGGGAGGCUGUUGAAUGCUAAGAGGAGUAAAACUAGCCGGCUGCUGAUUUACAAUUCAUAUUAUGGGCUCCUGGCUCAUUUGGUUGUAGCUUUGCUGAGCUAUAAAGACAGCAGAUUGCUAUGGCUGGAAACUUACAUGAUGCAAGGUGCAUGAUAUGACAAGCCAGACAGGACAGUUGAGAUUGCUCAUCACAGUGGCACAGGAUGUCUAUGUUCAAUCCUAUUCUAAGUCCUCCAGAUAUCAAAGCAUAUCUAACCAAGGGAGAACGCUUUAUCAAAUGGGAUGAUGAAACAUCUACAGCAUCACCAGUAAUUCUGCGGGUGGAUUCAAAAGGUUAUUACUUGUACUGGACUUUCCAGAGUAAGGAAAUUGAAUUUAUUGAAUUAACUACGAUCCGAGAUACAAGAUUUGGAAAGCAUGCCAAAAUUCCCAAGACCCAGAAAUUGCGGGAAGUCUUCAACCUGGACUUUCCUGAAAACAACUUCUUGGCCAAAACGUUGUGCAUUGUCUCUGGGCCAGAUAUGGUGGAUCUUACCUUCCAUAACUUUGUGUCCUACAAGGAGAAUGUGGGCAAGGACUGGGCCUCUGACAUUCUGGCAAUAGUUAAAAACCCCCUUGUAAACAAUGCUUCACGCUACUCCUUUUAUGAGAAAAUACAUGUAAGGCUUACACUUCAACUAAAUGCAGAGGGAAAGAUUCCUGUGCGAAAUAUUUUCCAGAUGUUUCCUGCAGACAGGAAGAGAGUGGAACAAGCAUUACAGUCUUGUCAUUUGUCGAAGGGAAAAAAUGAUGCCAUCAAUCCUGAAGAUUUCCCACAAUCUGUCUACAGAACAUUCCUCAUGCAGCUCUGCCCUCGGCCAGAGAUUGAUGAAAUCUUCACCUCCUACCACGCCAAAGCCAAGCCUUAUAUGACAAAAGAUCACCUUACCAAAUUCAUUAACCAGAAGCUAAGAGAUUCAAGAUUAAAUGAAUUGUUGUUUCCACCUGCUAAGCAAGAGCAAGUGCAAACUCUCAUAGAGAAAUAUGAACCUAGUGCCAUCAACAAGCAGAGAGGGCAGCUGUCUCCGGAAGGUAUGGUCUGGUUCCUGUGUGGCUCUGAGAACAGCAUUGUGUCAUUGGACAAAGUACCAGUAUACCAGGACAUGAACCAGCCAUUUACUCACUACUUUAUCAACUCUUCACACAACACUUACCUCACAGCUGGUCAGUUUUCAGGGGUUUCUUCACCUGAAAUGUAUAGACAGACUCUGCUCUCAGGCUGCCGAUGUGUGGAACUUGACUGCUGGAAGGGAAAACCACCAGAUGAAGAACCAAUCAUUACUCAUGGCUUCACCAUGACAACUGAGAUCCUUUUUAAGGAUGUCAUUGAAGCUAUAGCAGAAUCUGCUUUCAAGACGUCUUCUUAUCCAGUGGUCCUGUCUUUUGAGAACCAUGUGGACUCUGCAAAGCAACAGGCAAAAAUGGCUGAGUACUGCAGGACAAUAUUUGGUGAAAUGUUACUGACAGACGUACUGGAGAAGUUUCCUCUAAAACCAGGAUGUCCAGUGCCAAGCCCCAAUGACCUGAUGGGAAAAAUAUUGAUUAAAAAUAAAAAGAACCAGGCUUUUUCUUCAGCAGAGAAAAAAGCACAGAGUGGUGAAUCGGAUCAGACAAAUGCACAAUCCAGCGAAAAUCCAGAAAACGAAACAGUGGAAGAAGCAGGUGGAGAAAAGACAGGGGAAGAGGUGGUAGAGAAUAUGGAUGAAGAGGAGAAACAGAUCCAGUCUGAUGAAGGUACUGCUGGGCAGGAAGCUACAGCUUAUGAGGAGAUGUCAAGCCUGGUCAACUAUGUCCAGCCAGUGAAAUUUGACACAUUCGAAGUCUCUAUACAAAAGAAUCAAAGUUAUGUGAUUUCGUCAUUUGUGGAGACCAAAGCUUAUGAUCUGCUGACCAAGUUCCCAGUGCAAUUUGUUGAAUACAAUAAAAGACAGAUGAGUCGUAUUUAUCCAAAAGGGACCAGAAUGGAUUCAUCUAAUUAUAUGCCACAAAUGUUUUGGAAUGUGGGUUGCCAAAUGGUGGCCCUGAACUUUCAAACUAUGGAUUUAGCUAUGCAACAAAACAUGGCAGUCUUUGAGUUCAAUGGCGGCGGUGGAUACAUCCUAAAACACGAAUUCAUGCGACGAGCAGACAAGCAGUUUGACCCAUUCACAGUUGAUCGGAUUGAUGUAGUUGUGGCCAACACUCUCUCAAUUACAAUAAUCUCAGGGCAGUUUCUUAGUGAUAAAUGUGUGAAGGUCUACGUAGAGGUGGAGCUGUUUGGAUUACCUGGGGAUCCCAAGCGGAAAUACAAAACAAAAUUAAGUCCAACUGCAAACUCUAUUAAUCCUGUAUGGAAAGAAGAACCAUUUGUUUUUGAAAAGAUUCUUAUGCCGGAGAUAGCUUCUCUAAGAGUUGCUGCAUUUGAGGAAGGAGGGAAGUUCAUUGGUCAUCGGAUCAUUCCAAUUAAUGUGAUCAGAUCAGGUUAUCACCACAUGUGCCUUCGGAGUGAAAGUAAUAUGCCACUUACCAUGCCUUCUUUGUUUGUGUACGUGGAAGUGAAAGACUACAUACCAGAUGCAUGGGCAGAGCUCACUCAUGCAUUAUCCAAUCCUAUAAAGGCUUUCAAAGCACAUGAGAAGUCAUCAAUAAAGAUGAACAACAAAGGAUCACCUGCUGAUGUGAAAUCCAACAGUCCUCAAUCAAAUGGCAUUGGUGGAUCUGGAAGAGCAUCUGUUAAAUUAAUACAGAAUGGUCCUCAAGGGUCUGUGGGAACCGGAAAAUCGGAUGCUAUGAAUGAAACAGCAGAACCAGAAACCACAAAUCAAGAUGAACUUCAGAAACAGAAGAGCUUCUUGAAGCUUCAGAAGAAGCAGGAGAAGGAUCUAAAAGAGCUGGAAAGGAAAGGACAGAAACGCCGGGAAGAGAUUCUCCAGAAAUUCUCCAGUGCCUUCAGUGAUCUGCACACACAGAUCAACAAGAAAACUAGUCGAAAGUGUCAAAAAAAGAAAAGUGUGGAAGAUGAUUAUGGCUGCAUAUGGGGUGCUGGAGAAAUCCCUGGAAAACCAGACCCAAAAAUAGUGGAUCUGAAGGAAAAGAUGGAGCAGGAACUGAUGCGCGCUCAUGAGGAGUUUUAUGAGAGCAUUUGGAAAAAGAGGGAACAGCAUUCUGCAGAACAAUUCAGCAAAUUGUUAGAGCUUGCACAGGAAAGACAAGCAACAGAACUGAAAGUCAUAAAGGAAUCUACAGACAGUGACACUAAAAUGAUGAAGAAGAAGUUGGAAAUGAAACGGUUGGAGAGGCUCGAUGCAAUGAGUAAGAAUACAAUGGAUAAAGCUGCUCAAGAGAGGUUAAAAAAGGAAAUAAACAACUCACACAUCCAGGAGGUGGUGCAAGUCUUGCAAAUGGUAUCAGAUAAAUGGAACAACCAGCAACAAAAAUUAGAGGAAAAACAGAAUGAGGGUCUUCAGAAAAUCAGAGAAAAAGGAGAGCAGACACAGAAAGACCUCCAACAAGAAUACCAAGAAAAACUAAAGAGCAUGGAGGGGGAAGUGGCAGAACUGAUCCAUAACUGCAUGGCGCCAUUGUUUCCAGCAGAGGCCAAAAGUCUUAAGAGAGAACCAAUGACCUGUGCACACAUGUGGGAAUUUCUCUUUGCAAAAAAUGGGAACGUAGAUUCUUCUGCAGAAAACAGUCAAAAGGAAGCAAAUACAGAAGAGGAACCAGAAAAGGAGGCCGAGGGAAAGACUUUGCCAAAUGACCCUCCUAGUGAACCUACAUCUAAAGACUCUGCAGAUGUUGAGAAGUCUAAAGAUGACCUACCUUGUAGUGAUGCUCCAGCCCCGGAAUCACCUUCUAAACCUGAGGAAGACGCAAAGGAUGUGGUGGAAAAGGUCCGUUCUGAAGAGGCCUCUACACAAUAGGAAUGGGUUGGCUGACAAAUGAAGUCUAUUCAAUGUGUGGUCAUGGAGCAAGUAAAGAUAUAUUCAUGUCUGACUGACUCAGAAAAGACAAGCUAACUAAAUUGGGGAUUAAAUUAUUUUGAGUUUGGGAUUGUAGGGUGGAUUUGAUAAAUGGUAUGAGGCAAUUAAUAUUUAUCUUUAGUUGUUCAAAAUAGUUUUCUCUGUGCAUGUAUGUGUUGGGGACAGAUUAGAGUACAAAGUAAGCUUGUAUACUCCCGAAGAGUUAUUUUGUCAAAUGAGUAGAAGCAAAGAAGAGUGAACCCUACUCACCAAAUACUGUGUGGUGGAAGUACUGCUCUUUCCACGAAGGGCUAGUAAUCAUGUACAUAUGCAUACUCUUAUUAACUAAUAUAUUAUUUCCAGUCAAAGUUUAAAAUAAAUAUAUAUGUUUGUUGUGCAUAA